AUGAAACAGGUGUAUCGACCACAGCAACUUUUGGAGUGGCGCCAUGAGCGUCAAAUGGAGCGAGCUUUAUUUGCAGUGAUUUUCCUGAGCUUUGAUCUUGGUUUUCGUCAGCCACAGGGCUCGAGACGGUUUACGGGUAGAAGUCCCUCCAAAACAGCUGAAUCUGGCGUGACCAGAAGAAAUGGGAAUUUCAAGACAUCUGAGCCAAUCAUACAAAUCUCUCUUUCGGAGCUCCCGCGCGGAACCCGUAUAAUUCGGGCGGCACCAGGUGUUCCCGUUCCAGAGAAUGCCAUUCCUGUUGCAAUAAGCAAUUCCCGAAAUGUUACUUUCCUGAAGGAGGGCAUAGAUCGACUCUUGACCCCAGAUGUUUGUGUAGAAGAUCUGCCCUUUCAACUGAAAUCGGUACGGCCAGAUCUGCCAUAUCCUUGGUUUGUGAACACCACGGGGUUCUCUUCGUAUCCACCCUAUGGCUACAGCCAUCCGAGCGAUUUACGGAAACCAACCAUGGUGAACAAUUCCAAUGACUGUUUUCUCAGCGAGAUGGGUGCUUUUGAGCUGGGUGGGUCUGUCUGUACUACACGGGCUGGCCCCCGCCAGGAACAAUCCACAAACAAUGAAGCACCCAUUGAUGAGAACUACAACAGAUGUCACUCGCCGAGCAUUGAAGGAAGGUUUUCAGUGGGUUCCCAAGGAAAUGGCGCACAUUCAUACCGUCGUUGCGGAGAUAUCUCGCCCAAAGGCUUAUCGGACCAGCUCCAACCUGACUUGACCCAGUUUAAAUACAACUACAAGUACGCGCCAUACUUCGAGAAGUAUUUGAGUCUGUCAUUGUCGGUCGACUCUGUAUGCAACGACAGAAAGGCCCCGCCCAGUGCAUCGAGCGACUACAGCAGCAGCUCCAGCGAUGUACAUAUACAAAUUUGCACUGCCGACUUUGAAAGUCCAUCGAUUUCUUAUCGUUCUGGCACAGACUUGUUCUGA